AUUUACAUUAUAUAUAUAUAUAUAUCUGCCAUAACCUCUUUAAUUUUCAUUCCGCUUUAUUAUAAGUAUUUUCUAUUUAUUAUUAUCAAUAGAAAUAAAUAAAAAAAUAAAAUAAACAUGGAUAAAAAAAUAAUACUAGUCACCGGAGGUACAGGUCUUGUUGGUAAAGCUAUUGAAAAAACUAUUGAAUUGGACAAAAAAGAUGAUGAGGAAUGGGUAUUUGUUGGAUCAAAGGAUGCAGAUUUAUGUGAUAAAGAAAGUACAGAACAACUGUUUGAAAAAUAUAAACCAACUCAUGUAAUACAUUUGGCUGCUAUGGUUGGUGGUUUAUUUCACAAUAUGUCACAUAACUUAGAUUUUUUACGUAAAAAUCUUCACAUGAAUGAUAACGUUUUACAAACUGCGCAUGAGAACAAUGUCAUUAAAGUUGUUUCUUGUCUUUCAACUUGCAUAUUUCCCGACAAAACAACAUAUCCAAUCAAUGAAACUAUGAUUCAUAAUGGUCCACCUCAUCCAUCUAAUUAUGGAUAUAGUUACGCAAAACGACUAUUAGAUGUUGCCAAUCAUGGAUACUUCGAGCAACAUAACAGACUUUAUACUAGUAUUAUUCCGUGCAAUGUGUUUGGACCUCACGAUAAUUUUAAUCCACAUUCCAGUCAUGUAAUUCCUGGAUUGAUAAGAAAACUAUAUGACUUGAUAAAAAAUGAAAAUACUGAAGAUAAAAUAUUUACAGUGUUGGGAUCAGGGAAACCGUUAAGACAAUUUAUUUACAGCUUAGAUUUAGCCAAACUCAUAAUAUGGGUUCUUCGUGAAUAUAAUUCGGUUGAACCAAUCAUUUUAUCUGUGGAUGAAGCAGAUGAAGUGUCAAUCAUCGAAGUGUCUGAAACUAUUGCCAAAGCUUUUGAUUUUAAAGGAAAAAUUGUAUUUGAUACUACAGCAGCAGAUGGUCAAUACAAAAAGACUGCUAGUAAUGCAAAAUUAAGGAGUUAUUUAUCUGACAUACAAUUUACUCCAUUUGAGAAAGCGAUCAAAGAAACUGUUGAUUGGUAUCGUAAUAAUUAUAAUUUAGCAAGAAAUUAAGACAUAUACAUUUAUAUAUUAGUAUGUGUCAUAAUAAAAAAAUAUUUUUUAUGUAGGUUUCAUGGUCUCAAAAGUUACUUUGAGACCAAAAAAAUAUCCUCCGAAAAAGUCCGAUCAAUAUCUCACAAAUUGAGCUGGCAUUUGACAAGUUUAUUUUCUCAUGUUAAAUAUUUUUUUUAAUUUUAUGUGGAAAAAUCUACGAAAAAAAUCGGUCUAUCGGUUGAUCCUGCAGGCCAGUCUCAAAACUUCCCGCUGUUUUCGAGCUCUUUGAGCUCAAAAAUAUUUUUGUAUGCCUUUGUUUUCGAAAAAUAACGUUUUUUACCAUUUUUUUUACAAUGGUAUCUCUCGAACAAACUGACCGAUUAAGAUGGUUGAGGUGAUAAUCGACAGGUUUUAUAAAGUUCUAGAGCUGAUCUAAUUUUUAAAUUUAUUUAUCGUUGUUCUUGAGGAAUUGUAAAAAAAUAAAAAAAAAAAAAUGUUUUUUUUAAUUCUUUCGACGACGGUUUUUCUUGAACGAAUGAACCGAUUUUGAUGGUUGAAGUGGGGUUUGACGUGGCUUAUAGAGUUUUAGAGCUGAUUAGAUUUUGGAAUUGAUCUAUUGAGCACAUUAAAAGUUAACUAAAAAAAACAUUUUUUAAAAAAAUUUUAUUUUUGGAAUAUCUUCGAACACAUUCUACCGAUGAAGCUCAAUUUUUUACGGCUUCUAGAUGUUAACAAGCCGCAUCGAAUGACAUCGUAACGAUCAAAAUUAACAUGAUUUAAUUAACAUGAUCUUGUAAGAAGUUGAAUUCCCCAAUCUUGUAGGAAAAUAUCUAAAUGACUUUGAACUGUUUAAAAUAGUUGCAAUAUCAAAAAAAAAUUUUAUUUUUUUAAUUCAAAUAAUUAUCACCAUACAAUAUGAGUGAUAUUUGUAGUAAGGAUAAGAGUUUAAACUCAGUUUGGAAAAAUGUAUUUAUUCGACCUAUUAAUGGACUUCGUUAAUAAUAAAUUAUAUAUUAAAUAUUUUGUAUUUUUUCACACUACAAAGCCGUAUAACUUUUCUUCUAUUCACUUUAUAAAUAACAGAAAUCGAUCCAUUUUUGUGGAAAAUCGAAUUUCCUAUAAGACCUCAUUAGUUAGAAUAAAAAAAAAACUUUCAUUAAUUUAAUAGAGAAGAAAUAAAAAGAAAUAAAGCUUAUAGAAAAAAUCAUUUUUUUUUUUUUUUUACAAACUUUGGAGGGAUGUAACUUCUUUUUAGCUGAAGUUACAAACUUAGUGAUUCAAACCUUUUAGUGGGAAAUUCAAUUUUCCACAAGCCAGCUCAACUUUUGAGAUAUUGAACUGAUUUUUUAGGAGGAUUUUUUUUUCUUGGUAUCGAAGUAACUUUUGAGACGAUAAGACCUAAAAAAAAAAAUAUUGCUCUAUUAUGAUACAUCUAAAUAUAUAUAUAUAUAUAUAUAGAUUUUCUCCAACUCCUAAUGUUUAUAAAAAUACUAUGGACUUAUUAAUAUACUUUCGUUGUUUAUUAAAUUAUGGAAUCAGAUAAGUUAUGAAACUUGGGUGUUUGUGUGGAAAUUUUACUUUCGAUUUAAUUAAGUUAUAAAUUUCUAACAUUAAUUAUAAUUAUUAAAAUAAAGAACAG